GUAUUAUGGUCUGUCGUGCGCUGGCUGCUGCUUUUCUGCUCCUGGAAGCGGCCAAGGGGGGAAGCGGCGAGUCAACAUGGAGCUUUCAGCGGUGGGGGAGCGGGUGUUCGCGGCCGAAGCCCUCCUGAAGCGGCGCAUACGGAAAGGACGCAUGGAAUACCUCGUGAAAUGGAAGGGCUGGUCGCAGAAGUACAGCACAUGGGAACCCGAAGAGAACAUCUUGGAUGCUCGCCUGCUCGCAGCCUUUGAGGAAAGGGAACGGGAGAUGGAGCUCUAUGGCCCCAAAAAGCGAGGACCCAAACCCAAAACCUUCCUUCUCAAGGCCCAGGCCAAGGCAAAGGCCAAAACUUAUGAGUUCCGAAGUGACUCGGCCCGGGGCAUCCGGAUCCCCUACCCUGGACGCUCGCCCCAGGACCUGGCCUCUACAUCCCGGGCGCGGGAGGGCCUUCGGAACAUGGGUCUGUCACCGCCUGGGAGCAGCAGCAGCACUAGCAGCACCUGCCGUGUGGAGCCCCCUCGGGACCGGGACCGAGAGCGAGAGCGGGAGAGAGAGCGGGAGCGGGAGCGGGAGCGCGAGCGGGGUGCCAGCCGCACGGAUGACAAGCCAAGCUCACCUGGAGAUAGCUCCAAGAAGCGAGGCCCCAAGCCCCGGAAGGAGCUCCUGGACCCCUCGCAGAGGCCCUUGGGAGAACCCAGUGAUGGCCUCGGAGAUUACCUCAAGGGCAGGAAGCUGGACGAGGCCCCUUCCGGGGCAGGAAAAUUCCCGGCUGGCCACAGUGUGAUCCAGCUGGCCCGGAGGCGGGACUCGGACCUGGCCCAGUGCGGCGCGGCCAGCCCCAGCCCGGCCGAGGCCACAGGCAAGCUGGCUGUGGACACCUUUCCAGCCAGGGUCAUAAAGCACAGAGCCACCUUCCUGGAGGCCAGAGGCCAGGGCACCCUGGACCCUGGUGGCCCUCGGGUCCGGCAUGGCUCGGGCGCCCCUGGCUCUGUGGGGGGCUUGUAUCGGGACAUGGGGGCCCAGGGGGGAAGGCCCUCCCUCAUCGCCAGGAUCCCAGUGGCCAGAAUCCUGGGGGACCCAGAGGAGGAGUCCUGGAGUCCCUCUCUGACCAACUUGGAGAAGGUGGUGGUCACUGAUGUGACCUCAAACUUUUUGACCGUCACCAUUAAGGAAAGUAACACGGACCAAGGCUUUUUUAAAGAGAAAAGAUGAAUUGCUGGGUGGGUGACCCCAGGACAAGAGAGCAGGAGAGAGAGUGGGAGUGCAAACUUGGCAUAAUGCUUUUUAUUUCUGGUGGGAGGCCGCCUGGUGGCCGGUCCGGACCCUAACUUCACACACCCCAGCCCCUUCCAUUCCCCCUCCUUCCCCGCAGUUUUGGUUGGAAAGAUUAUCUCUAGAGUUAUAUUUUCUAUUAGAUGUAAAUAUGUUAUUUAAGAAAAAAUAUCUAAAUAUAUAUAUUUCAACUCUU